AUGGAUCCAAAUUCAAACUGGAAACAAGUAAGCAUUAUGAUGUUGUUGUGCGGUACAUGGCCCACAGAACUAAUUCCAUCUGCUAAAUACAGGGCGUUCUACAAAGUCGUUAAAAUAAUUCCGAUGGUUAUUUACUUUUUAUUUGUGUUAAGUUUGAGUUAUGGACUUUAUUUGGUUAUUGUACAUGGCGAUUUAAAAGAUUUUCCGCCGAGUAUGACGUUGUACAUAACGAAUUUGAUAAUUUCAAUAAAAGCGAUAAUAUGUCAGUUCGGGGGCAUACAAAGGAUGAUUAAGUUGAACGUGGAGCAGGAUUAUUUUUUGUCCAAAACUAAAGACGAAGCCCUACUAAAGAUAAGAAACGAUUACAUUCUUAAGGCUAAGUUGUAUAUGAAGCCUUUUAUAUUUUACACACCCUUUUCGGGCAUGAUAUUUAUAGGCACUUACUUUUUGGAAUACUAUGUUUUUUGGAAUGAAGAUAAAGCCAAAUUGAUGACGGCUACUGAACUGAACAACUACAUUAAAAUUUUACUAUUUUUGGAAUUUUUCACCAACUCCAUGCAACUGGCAGCCAACUCAUUGGCCUUACUCGACAUCGACAUUGAUUUCAAGGUGGCUUUUGGAAACGAGGAUGGCUUAUUGAAACAGUGGGAAACAAAUUGUGAUAGAAUUGUUUCCUUUUUAAUGGUAGAUAAUCAUGUAAAAGAUAAAAAUGUAAAAGAGCUUUUACAAAAUUUAAACAAUUCUUCUAUUUCUGAAAAUGGGCGAAACGCUGCAAUAAUCUGGGCUCUACACGGUUACUUUGUACCUACAACCAAAUUGAUCAAAAAGGAUAUAGUAACUAGGAAAAAAAUAUUACUAAGUUUACUAUAAAAGACUCUCAAGAGGCAGUAAUUUUUGUGGGAAACAGUGCGCAAGAAGUAGAAGACCAUAUCUCUCAUUUAAAAAGAACCAAAGUAACAAUACAACCAUCCAUUUACACCAUCGGCAAGGACAUCUUUUCAGUUGAAGAUAUUAUGAUUUUUUUUAAUAAUAUUAGGUAUAAAUUUACUAAUAUUUUACGUGCCCUAGAUUUGUGCUUUAAACUAACUUAUCUCUUUGAUUUGGAAUUUCCAGAAGAAUCCAAAAUGUUUUAUUCUUUUAUCGAAAUUUAUUUUUUUAAAUUUGC